AUGUAGUUGACACAAACCCUACGGAGUGGAUCGCAGCCUUAAAGGAAGAAGAAGGAGAAAAAGAAAGGAGAAUAAAUCGUUAAAGUCAUUUUUUCUUAAGAAGACUUUUCCUUUUUCUUGUGUGUGGCCGUUUUGUGCACCUCCUUCUGUGAGCUUUAAUGAAGUACAUAUAUUGUUUUCUAAAAUACCUAUCACAGGCGGGUUUUUUCACCCUUCUUACUAUCAUCUAAACAUUUUCAGUUGUUUUCUAUUGCACUGAAAUCUUACUGGGGGGGGGAGGAGAAAGCACACACCUUUUCACAGUAAAAGCAGCAGAUCUCUGCCCCGUGGAGUGUACAAAAGGAAGAUGGCAUGGUGCAGCGUAAUGAAAAGGGACACUCAGGAUCUGUGUGUGUGCGUGCGUGCACACAUGUAUGUGCAUGUGUGCGUGUUGUAUAGAACCUCUGUAUCCACUUUUUAAAUACUUUUGAAAAAUCUGAUUUCUUCAAUUAAUCCCCACCACAAUCUGUUAAAUUUAGUCCCAAUUCGUCUUUCUUCUGCUUCUUAUUGUUUAUACGAUUUUUCUCUCCUAAACAUGGGAAAGAGAACCAGUCUAAACCAGAAGCUAGCUGUCAUUUAAAGGAUGGGUAACUCGAAUUGGUUAAUGAUGUUUCUAUCGAUCCCAAAUAACCUCUAUCUAUCUUUGCCACUGGCUCGACUCACUCACCAAAUUUAAGCAGGGGCAAGAAAAUAAAUACGUCAUAAACCCAUACACCCGGUUUUUUCCCCUCCAGUUUCAUAUUUGCUCUCAACAAACUUUUGUUAUUUGAUUUUUGAAGACAUUUUAAAUAUUCCCCACAAAGACAUUGGGUGUGUUUAGUUUUGACGAAACAUCAGCGGAUGAGUCGGGCAGGGAUGGGAGUUUGGGAUUUUGUAUCUUCCUGAUUUUGGAGAGAUUAUGGAAUACCCGAUUGGGGGGGAUGUGAAAUUAUGAUACUUACAACAUUUUUGAAAUAUCAAAAAGGAAUGCAGAGCACUGAUUGCCCGUACUGCAAUGCGGAAUCCCAUUUAGGUUCCGACUAUAUUUUACAGAUAAAAUAAAUCCACUUGACUUCAACGCAACUUGCUCGCAAGUUGAACGCCAGCUGGCAACGGAAAGGCUAAAAGCACCCCCUCCCUCUCUCCCUCCCCCCUUCUUGAUUAUUUCCUUAUCCGGGAAUCCCGGGCUUCCCCUCCAUUGGUUCAUGGGGUCACAUGGACAGCUAACUUUGUUCAGUUGACGGCGAAAGUAGGAGGGCUCUGCGAAACAGGAAAACGAGUGAGAAGGGGAGGGGAAGGAAGGGGGAAGGGGGAAGGGGGAAGGGGAAGGGGAGGGGGACGAAAGAAAUAGGAAUAAAUUUUAGUAUAUUUUUGGGGUGUGCGUGUGUGUGAGUGAGCGAGAGUGUGCGUGCCGGCGCGCGCGCGCUCUUGCAAUUCCAAAAUUAAUGGCCAUGAGUUCUUUCUUGAUCAACUCCAACUAUGUGGACCCCAAAUUCCCACCAUGCGAAGAAUAUUCCCAGCACGAUUACCUUCCCAGUCAUUCUCCGGAAUAUUUCAGCGGCCAGAGGCGACAGGAGAACUCUUUCCAACACGAGGCGUUGUACCCAGCGCGGUCCGCCUGUAACCAACCAUCCUAUCCUCCAUGUCAGGGCUCUGGGCACCAGCCACCGGUCCUCUCCCCCAGGAGCCAGCAUGCUCCAGCUGGACUUCAGAACCAUCUCUCCGAACCAAACCAUACUUGCGAAUCCAUCACGCCAAGCCCACCGCCUUCCUGUAGCCAAAACUCUCUGAACCAAAGCCCGUCCUCUGGCAAAGAGCCGGUAGUUUAUCCUUGGAUGAAGAAGGUUCAUGUUAGCACGGUCAACCCCAGCUACGCCGGAGGGGAGUCCAAGCGCUCCAGGACAGCCUACACGCGGCAGCAAGUGCUGGAGCUGGAGAAGGAGUUCCACUACAACCGCUACCUCACCCGGCGGCGAAGGGUGGAGAUCGCCCACUCCCUUUGCCUGUCCGAGCGCCAGAUCAAGAUUUGGUUUCAAAACCGGCGGAUGAAAUGGAAAAAAGACCACAAGUUGCCCAAUACUAAGAUCCGUUCAAAUGCUGCUACCAACCUGCCGGUGCCGGGCGGGGCAGGAGGCCCCCAGGACCGAACCAAUGGGCCGGCCCCGAAACCCACCCCCAGCCUAUAACCGUCCUUGAGCGCGACCGGGUGUGUGUGUGUGUGAGCGUGCGUGUGUGUGCGCGUGUUGGGGGGCGGGGUGUGCGUGGACGCGCGUGCUAAGAACUGAUUAUGGAACGGAACGGCUUUGUGGCUUUACUGUUCCCUGAGAAGAAAGAUG